GCUCUCUCUCUUGCUCUCUCACUCUUUUUCAUGCUCUCUCUCUGCAUUUCCUGAAAAAAAAAGUUUUGCUGCCUUAAGGGGAAGUGGUGUGUUUAGACAGCCUGCUCUCAAUAAUCUCUGCUCAAAAGUGUGAAUCUUUUGUGCACAGAGGAGUGUUCGCAGGAAGCAUGAAUGCUACUGGUGUAAGGGUUUCUGAGCAGGCCCAGGAGACAGAGGUGGACCCAUCUAUUGUGGGAGCCUGUGUCAUCUUGUCUGUGUGCUUUGUGGUGGGGGCUCCGGGGAAUAUGCUGGUUGUGUGGACCAUCAUGAGGCACGUGAAGCAGCGCUCUCAUACCGUGUUGCUCAUCAUGCACCUGGCUAUUGCUGACCUGCUGGUAGUCUUCACCCUGCCUCUGUGGAUCUACUCAAUGGUUCGGUCCUGGGUGUUCGGUGAGGUUCUGUGCAAGGCCAUGGUGUAUGUCAUCUAUGCCUGCAUGUAUGCCAGCAUCUUCCUGAUCACCAUCAUGAGCGUGGAGCGCUUCCUGUCUGUCAGAUACCCCUUCGCCUCGGCCGCCUGGAGAAAGAAGCGGAUGUUCAAUAAGAUCUUACUGAUUUUAUGGGUGGUGUCCUUUCUUCUCAGCAUCCCGGUAAUAAUCACUCAGGUCUUGGAUGGAGAUAAUGGACAAAUGUACUGCCUGUACCGAGAGUAUAAAUCCAAUACAGAGGAGGCUGUGCUUCUGAUCUUGGAGUCUCUUGUGGGCUUCUUGAUCCCCUUCUCCAUCCUGGUGUUCUGCUAUGGCUGCCUGUACAGUCGAAUCACGCAGAUGAGUUUCAGGUCCAAGCGCAAGUCUACACUGCUAAUUGUCAGUGUUGUGAUAGUGUUUGCUCUCUGCUGGAUCCCGCACCACAUCAUCAACGUUCUGACUUUGGUGUUUCUUUAUCUCGAGGACUCCCAAGAGCAAAAAAUGAUUGAAGAUGUUGUGAGUGCCAUGCAAAUUAUCUCAAGCUCACUGGUCUUUGUGAGCAGCACUAUCAACCCAGUGCUUUAUGUUUUUGCAGCACGGAGCUUUUGCACUUCACUAAGGGACACAGGCAUCCAUAAGCUUUUCCGCCACCUGUCCAGCACAGUGACAGGCGAAGGCAAUAGAGAACUGUCAUUUGUGUCCAAACGGCAAAGCUCUCACACCAACACUUCUCGGUGCUGCAUGGAGUCCAAAGCACAAAUAGACCUACUUGUGGACAUAUGCAACAAUGCUGCCACUGAUGAGAAUGUUUGAAGGUACCAAUUUUGGCUACUGAGUGAACGAUAUAUAUAUAUAUAUAUAUAUAUAUAUAUAUAUAUAUAUAUAUAUAUAUAUAUAUAUAUAUAUAUAUAUAUAUAUAUAUAUAUAUAUAUAUAUAUUAGAUGAUAAAUUAGAUUUGUAUAUAUACACUACCCAUCAAAAGUUUGUGGACACUCGACUGAAAUGUUUCUCAUGAUCUUGAAAUCCUUUUGAUCUGAAGGUGUAUGAUUAAAUGUGUGAAAUCGGUGUUGUAGACAAAAAUAUAAUCGUGCCAACAUAUUCAUUUCUUUCAUUAGAAAACUAACAUUUUAUUUAGAAAAUAAUAUUUUUUAAACGGACGACUCGGAGCGAAAUGUUCAGAAAAGCAGCUGUUAAGUGUCCAGCGUAGGUGAGAACUCCUUUAGUAAUGUUUAAAAAGCAUCUCUGGGGAAAUUCCUCAAGAAAUCAGUCAAGAAAAUGCCAAGAAUACAUUUCUGGAAAUUCUAGGCAAAAGGGGGUCUACUUGGAAGAUGCUAAAAUAUUUAAUUAUUUUGGAUUUUUAUUUUUAUCACAAUAUAAUUCCCAUAGUUCCAUUUGUGUUAUUCCAGAGAUUUGAUGACUUUAUUAUUAUUCUAAAAUGUGAGUGUGUCUAAACUUUUGAUGGGUAGUGUAAAUAAAAUGGUACUAUGGAGAAUACUAAGCCUAGUGCUUAAGAGAAAAAGAGGAAGGACAGGACUAAAUAAGUGCUGGGAAAAUUGUGUAUCUUAAGGAGUAAAUGCAUACACUGCCAUCCAAUGUCUGAGAUUAAAAUUUAGAUACUGCCCAUUUUAACUCCUUUGUACAGAACGAUCAGGUUUUCCUUGGGUCUUAUCUCUUCCAAAACACGUGUUCAGACAAAUAUUCUGAUGGAUUUGAUCUAACAUGGAUCAUCAGGUUUUACACAAACUUGUGGAGUCAAUGCUGUCAUGAAACAAAAGGGGAACGUACUAAAUACUAAAAAAAAAAAAAAAAAAAAGGUGGAAUACAUGUAAAUUUUUCUAGGAUUUUCACUCAAGUUGUUGCUGAUAAUUUUGUAUUCAAUUAGAAAAGAAUGUUAACAUUUAUUUUAAAUAAUUAAUUCUUCAUGUCUCUGUACGUGUGUGUGUAUGAAUUAUAUUAUUCUUUUAUCUGGAUUGAUGUUAAUGAAUUGUUCUGAAAGACAUCCUGACUAUUAUUUCAUUCAAUCGAUUUUUGGCUUGAUUUGUGACCAAAAUAGCUAAAUUAUUGUUUGUUUGUUUUUUGUAUUUAUGAUGCAUGUUUUUAGUAGAUGAUCAGAAAGUGCUUCACCAGCAGUUUAUCAGUCAGACAGCUUGUGUACCAUGUCUACACGGCAAAACAUUUUUUUUAUAUUGCAACAUACAUGCAUGUGUUUGAGAAAAGAGGAAAUGCAGACUGCUGUGUUUCUGCUGCUGUGGAAACUGAGGGGUUUUUUUUUUUGUGUCGAGACAAAUUUGUUGACAUGUUGACGGAAAUAAAUGACUUUCCAAUGAGUUGUA